AUGGAAUUCACCGGAAGCAGCUUUAAAGGAGAAACAAAAGAUGGCAGGAUGGAUGGAGAAGGAGAGUACACCUUUCCUACAGACACUAAGUAUGUGGGUGAGAUGAAAGAUGGGAUGUUCCAUGGCAAAGGAGUGCUACUCUUUCCUAAUGGAAGCAAAUAUGAGGCCACCUGGGAAAACGGUAUAGCUAAACAGGGGAAAUUCACCUUUGCUGAUGGACUGCAGUUCGAGGAGAAGAACUGGGACUACUGUGAUGGCUAUGACAGACGUUUCUAUCGUGAAAGGUGCGACGGACUCAGACCUUCAGGAGAAUCUCAGAUAACCAAUCUACAUCCUCCAAGAACCAUCCCCGAUGGAUGUUUUGACUGCGGAGAUGGCUUCUAUGACCCCACGACCAGAGUCGUCACUUCCUACACUGGCAGAUUCCUCAGGAAUGCAGAUGACUCUGAACAUGAGUGGAUUGUGCGAACUUGUCGGAAGGCCUGCAGUGCAUCAGCAGAGGUGGAUCCAGAAACAACAGACACAUCCAGAGGAAUGGAGGAACAUGCCACAGUUUAA